AUGAAUUGUCAACUGAUUUCCAUCAUCGUCGCCUUCAUGAUACUCACUGUCUACUUGGUCGAUGGAGAGGAAUCAGACACAUUGACGACAUCUGCAACUACACCUUCGAUAUUACCAAUUCCAGGACCGUUGGAAAGAUGGUUGAAACAAAAGAAGUGCCGAAUCUUGCAGGGAACCUUUUUUGAGGGACUGAUGCACUAUCUAGCCAUUGACGAUGCCUGUAAGUCGCUAAAGAUGGCGGUGACCUCCAAAGCCAAGGAAGAGUAA